AUGGAGACAGAAGAGAGGGAGGAUGUAUCAGAAAAACCCAUCGCUAAUAUAAAGGCAGAGACAGAGGAAGGCGUGACCUCUGGCCACACCUGUGGGGUGUGUGGCCGCAGCUUUCCCCUUCUCAGCUCUCUGUCCCAGCACAUGAGAAGACACACACGGGAGAAGCCGUACAAGUGUCCGUACUGUGAGCACAGGACGGCUCAGAAGGGCAGUCUGAAGGCCCACAUUCGAAGCCAUAAAUUGGGCCUAUUCAGCCAUAAUCUCAGUGACAAGGACGGGGAUGGAGAUCAAGAGCAGAAAGAUAAUGCUGAGACUGUCCCUCCUGAAAUCAUCAGCGCACCUGACAGCGCUCACACUGUCAACGGGAAGGUGAAGAAGAAAGGAUCCAAGAAAAAAGUUAAGGUUAAAGAUGGAGCUGAGGUGGGUGAUGAGGCUGAUGUUGGGUCCUGUACCUGCAGCAUUUGUGGCCAGGUUUUCCCUCAGGUACUGCUCCUUAAAUCCCACAUGAAAAGGCAUCGCAGCUCCCAGGAUCACGGUUGCCGCAUUUGUGGACGCCGUUUCCGCCAGGCGUGGUUCCUCCAAAGUCACAUGCGCAUUCACCGGGUCAAAGCCCAGCUAAGAGGUGGCAAAAGCAAUGAGCCGCCCGCCACCAUCAAUGGAGUCCCUCAGGACCCAGCAUCACUGACAAAUGAAGAGUGCCUCUAUGAGCUCUGUGCUGGCUGUGGUAACUUCUUCUCAGACCGCAAGACACUGCGAAUACAUGAAAAGCUACAUAAACUGAACCACAGCCGCACUCAGACACAAAAUCCACCACAGGAAGAUAUCGAAGCCUCUGAGCUGCACAGUGCUAAGAGGCAUUUUUUGGAAUGCUUGAACCUCACAUGUGUCGGACCAAGGGAAGCCUCCGAGGAAACGAACCUGGGCAGGCGCAUUCCAGAGCUGGACCCAGUUUGCAGUUACCAAGCGUGGCAGCUGGCCACAAGGGGACGACUAGUGGAGGUCACAGAGAAAUGUCUUGGUUGGGAGGAGAGGCUAGCAGAUGCUGAGGUGGCAUAUGACACAGAAAAGGGCGAGUAUGUACCCCUGAAGCAGGAGAAGAAGAGGAAGCAAAUCGAGACCUACAGUUCCAACAUAAAGAAGAUCAAGGGUGAUACAGGACUUGAUCAGACAUCAAACAGCUUGGCUCAGACUAAAGGUGGUGACAAGAGGAUUUGCCAGAAGGACCGUAUUCUGCUGAAUGGACUUGGUCAUGCAUUUUAUGAGGCGCUGCAGACCAAGCAAGUCAAAGAUGUUCACUUCACACCCAAACAGACCAACAGCAUCAGGAGCCAAGACCAGAAGGAUAAAAAACCAUACUUCUGUGAGCACUGUGAUUUUCACACUGUCGACGCAUCACUACUCAGGUCUCACCUGCACAAGCAGCACCAGGACCUCCUGGGUCCCUACAGUAAACACAACACCAUUUUGGACAACGUUAGCCAAAGUGGUUCCAAAGCCUCAAGAUACAUGGACUACCUCAGAAACAGGAGCGUGUUGCUCAGUCAGCCAUACUGGAAUCCUUACACAUGUCCACCUGGGCAGGGCUCAGCAGAGUCAAACUUUAAAACAGAAAAGUCCAAUGGCACUGAGGCCAAAGGGCAGGGACAUACUACUACUAAUGAUGCCGGAAGUCUCCUUAAUCUGUCUUCAUUGCCCAUAAGUGAAGGAGACGGCACUGUAAAUAACACAAUAAAAACAGAGGGCCUGGUGAGACAUCAGUGCCCAUACUGCUCCCACACUACCAACUAUCCAGAAGUGCUGUGGAUCCAUCAGAGGGUUGCACACAGGGUGGAUGGCAGCAGCUCCAUGGCACCCAAGUGGGCACCCAGCACUAACAGCCCCAAGAGUUUAAAGGCAGGUGCUACCCAAUGGAGACGCACAGGGCCUCCACCAUUCCUCGAAGGCAAGGACUGUCCUGCUUUACCUGCUCCAAGAACUCAGCGCACACAGCCUCCAGGUUCUGCAACCCACAGCAGCAGCAGCAGCAAGCACUCAGCCCCCAAGACCCAAUCAGGUGUCCCCAAGUCCAGGCACCAGUCAAAGGACUCACGCUCUUCAGAUGGGACACAGUCUACUGGGAGGACGGGACUUCUACCUCAAAAAAAGUCUGGUGAACAUAAGCAUGCAGAGGAAGGUGGAAGUAAAAGCUCCAGCGCCAUAGCUACUUCAUCCAGCAGUACUGUGCAUGGCAAGAGUGCCCCUAGUUUCCAGCCUACAAGCAGCCCCAAACACAGAGGCCACAGAGCUGCAAUGGAAGCAAACUUCCCACAGGAGGGUUUGGGUUUUAUGUUAGCUAGAAAUCAUGGUGGGACUUCAUCCAGCGCAGCUGCAGAUAGACCCCAUGCCCGCAGGCAGUCAUGUGACACUUCCUCAGGUCCUAAGGGUCCUGAUCUGUGGGCGGCCAUGAACAUGUGGGGUCACAAAGCUUAUUUAGAACCACUGCGUUUUGCUCAGGGAAAGAGUGAAUCAACAGGAGAAAUGCCAAUGGACAUUGAUAUUUUGAGUCUCCUGAAAAACUACAGUCCCCACGACCUGGCUGCUCUUUACCAGCACUGGGGGUUCGUUGAUCCCAGGAUUGAUCCACAAGCACUGUUGCAGUUAAACGGGAAUUUUGGAAAAGAAGUCCAUUCCACCUCUGAAGCUUCUAAACAAGUGAACAGCCGCUCCACUUCAUCCUCAGGGUCUCUUCGUAAAGGAACGUGAACACAGAUUGUGUUCCUGUUGACUUCCAGCCUGCACGAUACAGCUGAACAGAGGCCUGCUGUUCUUUCAAGGAACCAGCCAUAACUCCUAAACAGACAGCGGCACUGGAUAAUGCACAAGAUAUGCAAAGCAACGAGGUGGACUUUUAUUAUUUUUGUAAUAUGGUUGUUUAAUUUGAAGUGUUACGCAUGCUUUUGUUUGUUACGAGUGUAGAUAUGUUAGGUACCAAAACAUACAUGAAGACAUGCUCAGUGGA